AUGCAGGCCAGUGCCGCCCACCCAACCGUCGUCGAUGUUGUGGACAUGCUACUCGAGUUUUGGGAGGCGGCGGUGCAUGCAAUCCUGGCGGCAAGGGGCCUGUAUCGACCGGAUCUCUUCACACGGGAGAGGCUGUACGGGCUGGCGGUGCAGCGGGCCAGGCACCCAGGCCUCUGCGCCUACAUCGCGAACGCCCUCCAGGAGCUCAGGGCACCGCUGAUGGAGGGAGUGCUGCCGAGCGCUACGCUAAUCAUCCAGCACCCGGCCCAGUUCACGACCCUGGAGGAAUACUCCCUAGAUGUUGAGAUCUCAGAAACCGGGCUCAGCUCGCCUGCAGCGGUCCGCAACAUGCACGCUGUGCUGCGCAGCGCCAUGCUGCGCCUGCAGCACACCACGACUGCCCUGGGCCCUCUUCCGGCAGAUGCCACGUGGCGCAUGCAGGCCAGGAUUAUGGGCCCGGUCCCGGAAUGCAGCUGGAUCGAGGCGGAAGCGCCCCAGCCCCAGCCCACCCCCGCCCUCAUCCCUGUGCGCUCCGUCAAACUGCCCGGCAGCCUGGCCCUGCAGCUGUAUGUCCGAAUGGCGCCCAUCGUGGCACCCUGA